UUCAACUGAGUUCAACAUGAGAAUCCAAACCGUAAUCCUUGGUUGUGUCCUGGUGGCAGCAUGCCUGAUCAGGAGCAGCGAUGCCGUUUGUGCCGCAACAACUUGCACAGCAGCUGAGUGUGCCGAGGCUGACAAUGAAUCGGAUCCUUCCUGUGUCACCACGACUACGACUACGACUACAACCACAACCACUGCUGCUACCGACACAGAAGCAACCACUGUAGCUUCCGACUCAGCAACAACAACCGUGUCAUCCAGUUCCUCCUCCUCUUCGGACUCCGCAAGCACCUCCACCUCUGCUUUGACCAGAUGUAGGCGCAGGAAUCGUCGCUUGUUGAGACGCAUCAGGGUACUCCGCAGGCAACUCAGAAAUUCGAGAACUGGAGUCAGAAGAGUUAUUAGAGUUAAUCGUGUUGUUAGCAACGGAGUCAACAACGGAGUCAACCGAGGAACCAACAGGAGAGUGACCAGGGUUGUCAACGUGGGUUUCCGUAACGGCAGGGGCCAAAGGGGGCGCGUUGUCGUUGGAAAAUAAACAAACCAAUGCCUGUCUUACGACUACUUCGAUUGUUUAAUAUUA